AUGACAGAGUCGGUAUACACACAGAGUACGAAAGUAGAAGACCAAAGUAUGAAUCUACACAUUUUAGACACAGCGGGUGAUUUCGAUCCAAGCAACUCAGUUCGAGAAGAACAAGUAAAGUGGGCUGAUGCAAUUAUAUUUGUCUUCUCAGUAACUGACAAACUAAGCAUCGAAUACGUGCAAAAACUAAGAAAAGAAAUAAAAAGUACAAGAGACUGGGAUAAGACUCCGUGUGCAUUGCUAGCCAAUAAGUGCGAGUUAAGUCACUUCCGGGAAGUGACGCCAGCCGAAGGGUGCGUCGCAGCCAAUCAUAUGAACUGUCAGUAUUUCGAGGUGUCUGCCGGGGAAAGUUACCGGGGAAUAACAGAAGCCAUACACUGGAUUGCCAAAGAGUGGAUCAAAAUAACACGGCGAAUGAAAGUGAAAAGGCUUGUAUCAAGACUGCAACUGAAAAAUACACUGAGAAACUUUGGAUUUCGUGAAAGGACGAACACUCUAUAA